AUGACAUCCAAAAAUCAGGCAGCGUGGAUUCCCGCAAGCCGGGCGGAAGUACUUGAAGUCAGGGAUGCACCAUAUACUUCGCCUGGCCCCAAACAAGUCGUCGUGAAAAACGGCGCUGUUGCUGUGAACGCCUAUGACUGGGCGUUACAGUAUCAGGGUCCCAUCUUCGCGUCUCAUCUCAAGUAUCCUACGGUGAUUGGCACCGACAUAGCCGGCACUGUCGUUGAGGUUGGGCCUGAGGUAACGCGCUUCAAAGUCGGCGAUAGGGUAGCUGGUUGCGCCGCCUCCAUCACAAAGGAAUCUGCCAAUGCCGCAGAGGGUGGUUUCCAGCUAUACUGCGUCGUACGAGAACAUUUGAUUGCCCCAAUACCCGACCACAUCACCGACGAGCAAGCCUGUGUUCUUGGGCUUGGUAUUGCCACGGCGACGUACGGUCUCUUUCAUAAGAAAUAUCUGGGUCUUGAUAUGCCGCAGGUGCCACCGCCGGCGAACCCACAACCAGGGAAGAGAUACCAUCGUGCUAUCAUUGUCACUGGUGGUGCCUCGAGCGUCGGUAGCUGUGCCAUUCAACUCGCCUCCUCCGCGGGCUACAAGGUUCUAUCCACUUCAUCGUCCAGAAACUUCGAAUACGUCAAGAGCCUCGGCGCCUCCCAUGUCUUUGACUACAAUAGUGCAACACUGGUUGACGAUCUUGUUCGUGCACUCGCCGGCCAUGAGCUUGUUGGAGCCUAUACCGUGGGCGCCAACGCCGACCAAGUCUGUGCCGCCGUUAUUAAGGAGCGCCUGUCCAAGACACCUGAAUUACCGACAAGGAAAUUUAUCUCCCUGGCGGGCGGUGGGGGAAGAGAUGCGGGUACAUUGAAAGGUUCUCUCGGCACUUACAGACUGGUCAGCGGUAUGGUGGGUAUGUUGGGGAAGAACGCCGUGAAGAAGCUGGUGACGGGCAUCGAGAUCAGCUUCAUCUUGAUGACUGACAUUGUUGACCCGACGAGUUGCAUAUCUCAGAUCUAUUCAAAUUUUCUGGGACCGGCUUUGGCUCAGAGACAGUUCGUUCCAUCCCCGAAUCCAGAGGUGGUGGGACAAGGCCUACAUGCGAUCAACGACGCUUUAGAUAUUUGCAAAAAGCCCCAGUCAGCUCAGAAGAUUGUCGUGAAGCUGCCUUGA